AUGUCCAUGCAAGUGGUUGAUGUGAGCGAAUGUGUGAUCGCCUGCGAAAAGAACAAUAUAGAUGGACAACCUUUAGACUGCCGAUCGUUCGAUUUCUCUCCGCCCACCUGCAUUUUCUCCUCUGAAACCGCUGUGCCAGUUGGAAACGGUCAACUGCAACAGCGUAAUGACUCGUUUUACUACGAGAAGAUCUGCGUCUCAGAAACAACGACG